AAAAGAAAAAGAAAAUCUUAUCUCCCCCUGCAACUGAAAACGGCUUGCUUCCAAGUUUUUCAAUGCUUCCACACUCUGCAACCAAAACAAUGGCGAAGAUUCCUCAAUGACGAAACCAACCUUAAAAUUCAAAUAAAAAGAAUGGCCUUCGCGACGACUAAAUUUACGGAAAUGCCACUCAGAACCUCACUCCCUUUCGCCUCUUACUCUUACUCCUACUCUUCUUCUUCCCUUAACCUUUUCUUCUCAGCCCCAAAACCGUCAUUUCGCUUCUUCAGACCUUUCUCUUCUCUCCGAACUGGAAAUAGUCCUAGCUCCAAGUUCAACCGCUAUUCUUACCCGUGGGACCAGGAAGCCUCCGUGCCUCCUAACUCCUCCGCCUCCUCCUCUUCGCUCCAAGCCUGGUCCUCUCCUUCCCAGAAAGUCAUUCAAUCGGACGGUGAUGAUAAGACGGAUGUCGAAACUCGAUAUUUCGAUAGAGAUAAAAGCCAAAGUGCGAUAGAAAGAAUCGUUCUGAGGUUGCGAAACUUAGGUUUAGGAUCAGACGAUGAAGACGAAGGAGAAGAUGAAACGGACCAAUAUAAUUCAACGCCGGUGACGGGAGAAGAGAGGUUAGGUGAUUUGUUGAAAAGAGAGUGGGUACGCCCUGAUACGAUGCUGAUAGAGAGAGAAAAGGAGGAGGCUGUGCUGCCGUGGGAGCGAGACGAGGCGGAGGUGGAGGUGGUGAAGGAGGGGGUUUUAGGAGUGAAGAAGAGGAGAGUAAGGGCACCGACAUUGGCGGAGCUGACGAUUGAGGAUGAGGAGCUGAGGAGGUUGAGGAGGAUGGGGAUGUAUUUAAGGGAAAGAAUCAAUGUGCCGAAGGCGGGGAUUACGCAGGCGGUUUUGGAGAAGAUUCAUGAUAAAUGGAGGAAGGAGGAGUUAGUUAGGCUUAAGUUUCAUGAGGUUCUGGCCACAGAUAUGAAGACUGCCCAUGAGAUUGUUGAGCGUCGUACAGGAGGAUUAGUCUUGUGGAGAUCUGGAAGUGUUAUGGUAGUCUACCGUGGAAGUAACUAUGAAGGUCCUUCUAGAUCCCAAUCUAUUGAUAGAGAAGGAGAAGCUCUUUUUAUCCCAGAUGUUUCUUUUGCUAGCAAUGCAGUAAGGGGAAGCGAAACUGGCACAACUUCAACUCCAGAAAAGUGUGAACCAGUUGUGGUGAAGCCUGAACGUAGUGAGAGCAUGACUGAAGAAGAAGCUGAGUAUAACAGCCUAUUAGAUGGUGUAGGACCUCGGUUUGUUGAGUGGUGGGGUACAGGAGUUCUUCCAGUUGAUGCUGAUUUACUUCCUCAAAAGAUUCCUGGUUAUAAGACACCUUUCAGGCUUCUUCCUGCUGGAAUGAGACCACGGCUUACCAAUGCAGAGAUGACAAAUUUACGGAAACUUGCUAAAUCACUUCCUUGUCAUUUUGCCCUGGGGAGGAAUAGGAACCACCAGGGAUUGGCAGCUGCAAUAAUUAAACUUUGGGAGAAAAGCCUUGUUGUGAAGAUUGCUGUAAAACGAGGUAUUCAGAAUACAAAUAACAAGCUUAUGGCUGAGGAGCUGAAGAACUUAACUGGAGGUGUGUUGCUGCUCAGAAAUAAGUAUUUCAUUGUCAUAUACCGUGGAAAAGAUUUCCUUCCAACAAGUGUUGCUGCUGCUCUGGCAGAAAGACAGGAGUUGACAAAACAGAUUCAAGAUGUUGAGGAGAAAGUGAGGAUCAGAGCGGUUGAGCCAGCUCAAUCAGGCGAAGAUAAAGGAGAGGCACCUGCAGGUACUUUGGCUGAGUUUUAUGAAGCUCAAGCCUGCUGGGGUAGAGAAAUAUCUGCAGAAGAACGUGAAAAGAUGAUUGAAGAAGCUUCCAAAGCUAAGCAUGCUAGACUUGUAAAACGUGUCGAACAUAAACUGGCUGUUGCCCAAGCCAAAAAGCUUAGAGCAGAGAGACUAUUAGCUAAAAUAGAAUCCUCCAUGAUCCCUGCUGCUCCUGAUUAUGACCAAGAAACAAUCACUGAUGAGGAGCGGGUUAUGUUUCGCAGAGUUGGUUUAAGAAUGAAACCAUACUUACCUCUUGGUAUUCGUGGUGUUUUUGAUGGUGUUAUCGAGAAUAUGCAUUUGCAUUGGAAGCACAGAGAACUUGUGAAGCUAAUAAGCAAACAAAAGACCCUUGCAUUUGUUGAAGAUACAGCAAGGUUAUUGGAGUUUGAGAGUGGUGGGAUACUGGUGGCAAUUGAAAGGGUCCCCAAAGGAUAUGCUCUUAUUUACUAUCGUGGAAAGAAUUACCAUCGGCCCAUUAGCCUGAGGCCAAGAAACCUUCUAACAAAGGCAAAGGCAUUGAAGCGCUCAGUGGCAAUGCAACGCCAUGAGGCUCUGAGUCAGCAUAUUUCUGAACUAGAGAGAACCAUAGAGGAAAUGAAAAAGGAAAUCGGUGCCUCUCAAGAUGUUGAGGAUGAGGAUAGCCAGGUCUCAGGCGAGCAUGGCCAGUUUGAUCCUGUCUCAGAACUCACCCAAAGUGAGGAUGAAGCUUCAUAUAUGGCAUCUGAUGGUGAUGAUGAAUAUGAUGAUGAGUUUGACGACGAUGAAGAGGAUAGUGAGUUUGAUGAUGAUGAAGAUGAGGAUAUCAACAUUGACUUGGAAGCUGGUGAAGAUUCUUUACAAUCAAACUCUGAAAAAAUCAAUUCACGCAGACGUUUUUGAUCGAGUCUCUGAAAAUUUUGAAGUGAAAAGAUGGUUUUUUGGUUCUCCAUAGCCCUUUGAGGUUGAAUAUUGGGAUGGCUUGGGCUGGAAUGUAUAUCAUGGAUGAUUCUUCUUCCCAAGUUGCUCUGCUUGUCAAAUGGGGCGGAAGGGCUUACAUGACUGGCAAUAAUGCUUCAACUGCCAUGAAAUGGCUUUUGUCUUGUAUAGAACCAGCCUCAUUUUCUGCAAUGAUCUGUUCAUUUAACCCCAUCAAGAAUGAUGCUAAUUUUUGAAAAUCCGAAACUUGUUGGUAACACAGCUUCAAGUUCCGCCUGGGCAGUUUUUCCCACUCGAAACUUUAUCAGUCCAUAUUCAAUAAAUGUAUUUCAUUUUCAAUUUGGGGGAAUAUAAUUCCUCCCACUGUAAAAGCACAUUGAUAUAUUGUAACUACUGUAUAUUUUGGUGUUAAUACAAUGAAAUUCCAUCGUUGGUGCUGUCUAUUUA